AUGAUGCAUGCGUCGCCACAAUCUCGUGACGAGCUCGCCACCCUCUUUCCCCUCAUUCUCUGCCCGCAUUCCAACCACAAGCGUUCUCAGAAUCAUCACCCUCCUCCACUAGAAAUCCAUCAAGUUCAACAAAGCUUGCCCAAAAGCCCCGUCGAGCCCCCCCCCCCCCCCCGGCGCAGCACACGACACUCCCGCUGCACGUCACCAGAGCUAAUUUUCUCCCCGGCGUUCUGCGGAGGCGGUGGGCAAGGAGCGCAGCAUCGAGGCCCCGAAGCGGAGUCGACCCCGCGGACAACCGCGUCUACGACGUCGUCGUGGUCGCCGGACCUGCAGCGCCGACAGAGCUGGAGCGCGCAAGACCGCAAGCACGAGCUGCACAUGGCGGCGGUCGACGACGUGCGGACCGGUCCUGGCUUCAGCGAGCGGUCCGCCUGA